AUGUCGCAGCGCAAACGCGUCUUCGCCAACGAGAACUCGCCUCCUCAUACGCCAGCCCCCCUCCAAAGACGCUCUUCCACCUUCAUCAACACUUUCGGCACUCCUCUUACCAACACCACACCGUCACAAACACCAUCUCGGACAAACUCUUUUGAGUUUGUCGACGCAUUCACGCCCGUUCCGAAAAGAAGGAAACUGCGAAAGGCUCCGUCGGGAGAUAUAGAAAGCUGUGGGUUACGUCACGAUGAAGCAGCAGCAGAGAGUAGGAAAGAGGAGGAAAGGAAAGGGGCAGAGGAGCAGGAAAAGAAGCGGUGGGAAGCGCAGGAAAAGCAGGAGGAGGAUCGCCUCAACGAGGCCCUCAGGCUCAUCGAGGGUGUCGGCUACCCGACCCUACACACUUUCCUUAAAUCCCUCCUCACCACGAAGGAUCAACAUCGAUCCUCACAAGUGUCUCGAAUGCUUGUGCAGCACGGCCAUUCCCUCUUGGACAACAUUCGCCAACGUCAGCCCGAGGUCGCUAACGAUUGGGCAAUCUCCACAGUUCGUCAACUGGUUGCUGCUGAGGGUGAACGCCUUGCCCAACGAUUCAAACCCGAGCAGAAACAGCCGGUUUCGGAGAUUUUGAAGAAGUUCUCAAUGUCAGAAUUUCUCGCGCAGGCGGAGCUUCUGGCCCCCUCAACUUGUCAGGUACUGCGACAGAUUGGGUUUCCCCAGUCCCCGGCCAAGGAGAAGAGUAAGAGCAGAGAACUCGUUCUUGCAACGACGAUUUGUAUGCUUGCUAAGUCUCGAAACGAACAUGCUACCGAGUUCCAAACAUCGAUGGGCAUGUACUUUCUUGCAUGCGGCUCAUCUCGCUCCCUAUUCGACGUCCUCAAUCACGCCGGCAUUACACUAUCAUACACGCAAGCUAUUAGUAAACUCAAGCAACUCAGUGAGGAACGACUCAAGGAGACACAGAGGAUCGCGAAAACGAAGGCUUUCAUGCUCAUUUGGGAUAACCUCAACAUUGCCUUCAAGGUUAGCGAGCAGCGGCAUGACUCCAAGGACCACUUCGACAACGGAACAACGGCAACUCUCGUUCCGCUAUACGGUGUUGAAUGCGGAGAGCUUCCUCUGAAGCCGAAGCGUACUCAUCGUCGCCCGAUUCUCAAGUUUGGACCUGAGGAUCUCCUUCCGAGUCGUGAGGAAGCACAGCGCGUUCAAGCCAGCCAACUCUGGCACAUCAAAGACAUUCUAUACGACGCAUUCCCUGCCCUUCGCAAGCGCCUCAAGUCAUCUAUUGUACCACCCCCGAGCGUUCACCAAAUUCCUGUCCAUAAGACUGAGCAGUACCCUCUCCCUGCGAUGCACAUCGACGAGUCAAGCCUGGAGGGAACCUUGGGUGUUAUGAACACCAUUUUUCAGAGCACCUUGAAGCUCUCUGAGGAGGACGUGAAGAAGCAUGGUCUCGUUAUUUGUGCAGGAGAUCAACUAAGCCUAGCUUUACUUGACAAGAUUUCGGCCAUUCGACGCGAUGACGACAAUUUUAUGGAUAAUGUUGGUCUUUACACGGAGGGGCAGGAUGGCGUCCUUCACAUUAAAUUUUCUCAUACUCGCAUGGUAGCAAACGAGUCUUGGGGCACUCCGAACUCAAAAUCUCCCUGGUCCCUUUGGAAAAUCAACACUCUCCUGGGUCGCAAGGCCAUCACAGCUGGCUGGAAGGCAAAAUCGCUUCCACCGUUCCGUCCGAUUUAUGAGCUCAUGCUCAAUCUUACGCUACCUGCAAAUAUUCUCGAUGGAUUUCGAAUAUACGCACCAAAGGAUAAAUUAGAGGAGUGGGUGGAUACAAUCCAGACUGUAGAGGAGGUCAACGAAGUUGCAAUGAAGGUUUUAAAUGAGCUCUGUUCUGGCCGUCGCGUGGCUAAGCUCCGGCGUGAGCGGCCGUCAAAACGCGAUGUCCCUCUCGAAAACAUUUGCCUCUUCAACCGAGACUGCCUCUACCUUCGACAACUCAAGUACGCCAUCAAACGGGGUGAUGUUGGGGCCAUUCUGGAUAUUAUAACCCAUUCCAUGCUGGCCUUCCGUGGUACGGGAAAGACCCCAAAAUACGCAGAUGCGCUCUUCAGUAUGGUCAUUCGUUUGAAGAGGAUGGAACCAAAAGUUCGAAAUGCGUGGCUAAUAAACUGGCUUGCUAAUCUCUCGGGCCUGGAAGAAGCAUUCAAAGAAAUGGACCUCCUUCAAGAACAUCAAAAUUUUUGGGAUAAGAUCAUCUAUAACGCCAAGGGCUCCAACCGUACGUGGGCUUGGCUAGCCAUGGUCUCAGUUUGUAUAUUUGCCUUGCGCGACGUCAUUCGAAAAAUGCAGAAAGAAUUCGUGACACCUUUCAACAGCAUCUCACACACUAGUCCCUCCACAGAGACUGACAUCAAAACAAUCCGCAAUUACCUUGAAACCCAGCGCCUCCAAACGUACCACCCAGAACGCGAAAACAAUUCGAGCGCAACAGAGAGCCGAGAUCUCAUUGAAGCUGGUUCCGAGUAUGCUAAUACACCAUCAGCCUUUCGAAACUUUACCCACACGGGAUACAGCUACCACAACCAUGGGGUGCCAGAAGCUGCUCCAUCAUUGGAGACCAACGACGAUGAGGAUAUGGGUGAUGAUGGAAAUGAUUACUGUGAGUUGGAUGGCGAUGAGGCGGUUGAUUUUGAAGAUCUUUUACUUGAUGAAGAAGAGUUUCCGCUGGGAUCAGACGUAGGUGAUUAUCUUGCAAUGGUGCAUGAGGUCAUCGAUGAGCUUGGACGUUAUGAAUAA